CUCCGGCAGAGGCGACCGGAGCGGGGCUCGCGGCUGAGGGAGCGCGAGGCGGCGCGGGGGGGGGGGGGGGCGCCCGGGGCGGCGGCACCGGCGACAGCAGCGACAGCACCGGCGGCAGCGGCGACAGCGGCGGCGGGGGGGGUCCCAGCGGCUCGGAGCCCCGGCGACCCCCCGCUCCCCUCGGUGCCGGGCGUCCCCCGGUCCGCGGCGGCGGCGGCGCUGACAGCCCGCCCGGAGCACCGGGGGCGGCCGCGGCCACCAUGUCCUCCCCCAGCCCGGGCAAGAGGCGGAUGGACACCGACGUGGUCAAGCUUAUUGAGAGCAAACACGAAGUCACAAUCUUAGGAGGACUCAAUGAAUUUGUUGUGAAGUUUUAUGGACCACAAGGAACACCAUAUGAAGGUGGAGUAUGGAAAGUUAGAGUCGACCUUCCUGAUAAAUACCCUUUCAAAUCCCCAUCUAUAGGAUUCAUGAAUAAAAUUUUCCAUCCCAACAUUGACGAAGCGUCAGGAACUGUAUGUCUAGAUGUAAUCAAUCAAACUUGGACAGCUCUCUACGAUCUCACCAAUAUAUUUGAAUCGUUCCUGCCCCAGCUGCUGGCCUAUCCUAACCCUAUAGAUCCUCUAAAUGGUGACGCUGCAGCCAUGUACCUCCACCGACCAGAAGAGUACAAACAGAAAAUUAAAGAAUACAUUCAGAAAUAUGCAACAGAAGAAGCACUAAAAGAACAGGAAGAAGGCACCGGGGACAGCUCGUCCGAGAGCUCCAUGUCUGACUUCUCGGAAGAUGAGGCUCAGGAUAUGGAGUUGUAGUAGAAGAGGCAACCUGCUUUUCAGAGAGACUCUAAUUUCCUAACCAUGAGAAGCAGACUAUAAUAUUCAUAUUUAAACAAAGCAAUUUUUUUUAUUACUAAACAAGGUUUUUAUGAAUAAUAGCAUUGAUAUAUAUAUAUCACCCUUUAGAUCUUGAUUUUCUUGGUCAUUUCUCGAACCCGAGGUGCAUAGCAUAUUCCCACAUUCCAUUUUGGUAGCAAUAUGCAGCCCGAAUGCAUGCAUUCAAAUUCCAUUUGGCCAAGUCAACUUGUGUGCUACUGAACUGUCAGCUAAAACAGCUGCCCUGGUAGGUAGGAAGUUAGCAAAAAGAUGUUUGCUUUCUUAUUGAUGUUUCCAAAGACACCACCUUGGAUGCUAACGUGGAACAGCAUUUUCUCAAAGUAUAAAAUCUGGGGGAUGAUAUACUAACCGUGUAGAUCAGACAGUGGAAUAAAAGGUGCUCCUUCAGGUCAACCUUGCUGAUCGUAUUUUACAUGGAGUCACACUUAAAAAAAAGAAAAAAAAAAAGAAAGAAAAACAAACAAUACAAAUGCAUGGAGCUAUUCAGAGCAUUGAAGCUUAAAAAUUUUGACUUGGAUUUUAAGUCCGUUUUUAUAUGUGGACUCCUGCCUGCCCUUCUGAACUGUAGGGACUGACAACCACUGGUCUCUUUGCUUUUGGGACUUUUGAAAGCCUUCAUCUGGAUGUUAUUCACUUUCUUGGUCUGGAUUACGAGCUGUUCCCUUUUUGGGAGGAAAAAAAAAAAAAAAACACCAAACAAAAAAAACCCCAAACACGAUGCUCUCUGAACAGCGCUUUGAUUUAGCAGGAGCACAUGUGAAGUCAAACUCUUACUUUUGUCAUAGUUUUGAAACUGCUGCCCUUUAAUGGCUUCAGGUUUGCCUUUUUUUUUUUUCUUUUUUUUUUUUUUUUCUCUUGCUUGAAGUAUGGUUAAACACCUCGCAAACACUCUCCAUCUCCUAAGAGGGUCCUCUGACCAGAUGGAUUAGCCUUGCUGAGAGCUUCAGAUCCACGAAGAUCGGCCCAUUGGCUGUAGUCCACGAACCCAUCGGCACUGAUUUUAUUUUCCUUUUUUCCUCCCCCUUCUGCACCAGCUUGGUAGCCAUCUGCUUGUGUGUGUACAACAGGAUUAAAAUUUCUUAAAAGUUAACAAAGAGUAUGAUCUAGAAAAAUUUUGAGAUGAAUAAAAAAAAGCCUAAAAGCACCAAUUGAGGAAGCAAGUGAAUCUGCUCUGGUUUGUUUUGUUGUUUUGGUUUUUUUUUGUUGUUGUUUUUUUUUUUUUUCCAGGAUGAUUCUGAAUUGGAAUGUUUCAUUUUUCCUGGUGUCUUUCGGCCACCUGGGAUUUUUGUUUGUUUUAACACUAUGAAUUCCAAUAUAGUAAAUGUCUACCUGGGAUGCUGGUAUACUUGAAUUUGGAUAAUUGUGCAUUGGAGAUUCAAACUAAGAUGGAGUUCUAAAGCUGAAUGUUACCUGCUCUAUUCUUUUGGGGGUUUGGAGGGGUUUGGACAAGAUGUUUUAAUUUGUGGUGCAACCUACAGGACAGCGCAUGGAAAAACCAACCCACCCUGAGCCACUCUCGAGCAGAGUUUUGAAUGUCAGACUGGUACAUUUGUCAUGUUCCCAGAAUUGUUUUGGUUUGUUUUCUUUAGAAAUGCCACCAAGUUUUGAGUCAUUGGGGUUGGAAGGUUACAAUCCUGUUUCUAAUUCAUAAAGCACAAUCAAUUUAUUUUUUUUUUCUUUUGGGGAAAAAAAAACCAAACUCGUAAAGUACCAUUUUGCUUUAGCAUGAUUUUCCUUAAUAAAAAUAUACAAAGAAUUUCCUUUAUGUUAAUUACGGGCAUGAAGCAAAGGUUUUUCCUCUCCUUUUUCCCUUUUUAUUUUAAAGCAGUAAUGUUAGGGCUGUGGCUAGUGUCUGUGCUGAAGUUCUCUAUCUAGCAUUUGUGGCUUGUCGGAAGGGUAAUAUUAACUAUUUAACAUGUAAUGGUGUACUUAACUCUUAUCUAGCACGCUGUUUUUCUCAUUACUUUGGGGAGGGAGGGGCCACGUUUUGCUGGCACUGUUUAACUUGCUUACCUGCUGACCUAGCAGUUUGCUUGUGCUAUAACCUUUACUGUAGGUGCUACUUAGGAGUAGAGUAAGUGCUGGGUGGUGAUAUCAGUUUAAAAGAUUAAAAAAAAAAAAAAAAAAAAAAAAAAAAACAACAAAGCAGAAAAAAAAAAAAAAACAAACCAAAAAAAUCACAAUAAAAAUUUGUAUUUUUUCAAUAUUGUAUAAAAAUAGUGUUCUAAUUACCUCAUCCCCCUUCCUUUGCAGGUUUUUCUUCCCCAUCACUCCAUCCCCUGACAUGGAUUUAGUGCACCAAACCACUUGCACCUUCCUCCCUACUUUUGUGAGAAACACGCAUUCUGCUACACAGGGGAUUGCCCCCCAUCCGCCCUGCCCCCCCCCCCCCCAAAAAAAAAAAAUAUAUAAAUACCGGUAAAGCCGCAGGUUGCCAGGGCCAGCUCCUGCCCCGGGUGCGAGGACGCAGCGGGGCGCGUGGAGCUUGCGCGGGCCAGCGGCUCAACGGGCCCGGAGCCACGAAAAUGUGUGUCCCCGGCUCUUCCCGAUGCUCCCGAGCUGUGGCAAAACCGAGGGUUGUCCUGCGCCCGGCGGGGAGGGAAAACCAGCUGCCAAAAUGCUGCUUGUUUAAAAAAAAAAAAAAAAAAAAAAAAAAAAAAAAUUCUGUCCUGGAUGUAAACUGCUUCUUGGGGAUGAGGUGGACUGCGAGUCACCUUGCCCGCCUCUGCUUCUUCCCCUCCAUUAUUUUUCACCUGGUUUUGUUUAUUUUUUUUUUUUUUUUUUUCCCAAAUCAUCCUCCUUCUCCCCGAAGAAACUUUCCCCCUCCAACAGUUUGUAAAUAAAACUGCGCUUACGUAGUCUGAAAGAAAAGGUGGAGCCAUAUUGAAGCAAGAUAGCUCUUUUUGGGUUUUGUUUUGGGUUUUUUUUUUUUUGUGGUCCUCUUGAGGAUUGUUUUUUUUCUCUUCUUCAGAAAACAGCGUUGCCACCUCGUGCUCUGUCAGGGCGAUGGGAAUUUCUCAGCCAGCCCCUGAUGGACCCUGAGUUGACUUUCCCCGCUACUAAAACUUGCCGCAGCCCCUUGGCGCUUCUUUCGGAAACAACCUUUGGCUUCAAUCCCUGUAAUCUCUCCUCGAGGUUUUUACACGACCAAGUCCCUCCAGGGUGGCACCUGGUGCCCCGGGGCCGGUCGCUGACCCUCCGGGCUGAUUUUUUUCCUGACCCUCAGGUCGCUUUGGCGGCUGCAGGAGGACGUUGGCACCGGAGCAGAGCUUUGCCAUCAGCCCUGGUGUGGCACAGCCUUGUCCUCCUGCCUCCACCGUGUCCAGGGUUGAACCCCAACCCAUCUCUCUCCUCUUUCCACCUCUGCCCAUCCCUAAACGCGUGCCGGAGAGACGGGGUUCCCCUUCCCAUCCCCGCCUGGCGAGUGUCCUCCGGCAGCAGGGACCCUCCUCGCAGACCAGCGGGAAGGCUGGGAGGUGUUUGACAAUUUUCUCUUUUUUUUUUUUGCUUCUUGUUCUCUCGUCCACAUUCUGCUGGCACUUUAGCAGGGGUGUUUGCAGCAUGAGAAAUGGCCAUGAUUUUACUGCCUGUGUUUGGUACCUAUCGUGUGAUACUUGAAGAGAUCAGGGGUGUUUUGCCCUUUGUUUGAGUCAGCUCUUUAUUUUUCUUUUUUUUUUUUUUCCCCUCCUCUUGCGUUGUUGUAGUGGGCACAUCUGCCACCCUGACAAAAUGCCUCUUCUCUAAGAGUAUAACCUCUCCAAUAGUUGUGUAUAAUGAAAGAACUGUAAACUUUUUUUAAAAUAAAAAUAUGUAUAUACCUUGAA